AUGCCAGUUUUACGACAGAAAUUGUUAACUGAUUUCUAUCAUUCGCCAAAAAAAUGUUACGAAUCAGAUGCUACACCUCUACCAAACAUAAAUUGCGAAUUGAAUUAUAUUGCUGGUUCAAAUGGUGAAGAUGAAGAAUUUUCUGAACUUCUAUCACCAGCUGAAAAUUGUCCAUUGUCAGUAUUACCCACUACAGCUAGUCCUUCGAAAGUUAUUCGCACAGUUAUCUUUUCUGGGAAAGAAAAUAAGAGACGAAGAUUGGUGACGGAUGAUUCAAAACAGAUGAUUCUGGAUGCAGGACAAAAGCAAUUUGGUCAUCAGCAAUGCAAACAGUGUGGUAUGGUGUAUGAUUGCGAUUCUUUGUUGGAUCGGAAGCAGCAUCAGGAAUUUCAUGGUCGCUUCCUAUCAACCAAAUGGUUUCGUGUGCAGACUACACAGCUAGAUAUUUGGAAACGGGCUAUUUUUUGCAUUGUUGAACAAUUUGAAGGAAAUUAUAGUCACAUAUUCUGCAUUACGCAAACAUCGAAGUGUACUUUGAAAAAGCGUGUUGAUAAGGUUAUCUUAGAAUGCAUCAACAGAGAAUUAGGCUAUACACCAGAUUUAGCACAAGUCUGGACAUCGGAUGGUAGAAGACAGGCUUGGGUAUAUGUAACAGCUUCAGAUACAUAUUAUUUUAUUGGUGCUAUCGCAUUGGUUGAAAAGGUAUCUAAAGAACAACUAUACUAUGUAGAGGAAAACUCUGAAAAUAAUGAUGUAAUCUCAACAAGCGGCAAUGUAUGUAUGGGUGUUAAUCGAAUUUGGGUACAUCAAACUUUGAGACACAGAGGUAUUGCAGCACGUUUAUUGGAUCAUGCACGAUCGCAUUUCGUCAGUUCCAGUUCUAUUCCACGUGAAAUGAUUGCAUUUAGUAGUUUAACUGACAGUGGUUUAGCGUUUGCUAAAAAUUAUAUUCCCGGUGGAAAAAUUCUUCUUUACAGUUUGAAUCCCGAGAUUUGUUACUAA